UUUUGCCUCUACAUCCUAAUAUUGCUCGAUCAAACAUGUCCUCCGACGAUAGCAAGCGAAACAAAGAAUGGGCCCGCUUUGAGGAAGAAAACCGUAAAUGGCACGACGAGCAACAGAAACGACAGAAAAGUAAAGACAAAGAAUUUGACCAAUGGCGAGAUCGAUGCGAGGAAAAGCGAGAGGAACGGGCCAACGAGUUUGAUCAAUGGAGACAAGAACAAGAAGAUCGGCGUGCGGUGCGACAAAAAGAGUUCCACGAGUGGGUUGAAAGUCGACAUCGCAAAGGGGAGGAAGAAUUUGAAAAGUGGCGACAAGAACAAGAACGCAUCCGUGCCAAACGUCAAGAAGAGUUCAAGGAUUGGGUUGAUACACGCCAUGCCAAAGGUGAAAGAGAAUUUGAUCAGUGGCGACAAGUGAAUGAGCAACGACGUGCUGAGCGCCAAGAAGAAUUCGACAACUGGCUUGCGCAACGAGAGCACUAGCAACCUAGUACGUUGUUUAUUGCAUAGCCAUUAAUCAUUUUUAUUGGCUUUGUUAGUACAUAAGCCAUACCAUGACUCAAUGUUAACAUUAUGCUAAGUACAAUACUGGUGGCAGAAAUGAACAUCAUUGUGUAACUUGUAUGGAUCAUACAGUCAUUAUAACAUUUUCCUUCUCUCACUUUCUCUCUGUAAAGCCUUACAUUAUUAAA